GUGAUGGAGACCUACUGGCACGAUGGGUACACAGCUAUCAGUGCUUGCUGCGCUUGUGGUGGUGGGCAGGUCAGUCACAUCAAUGGCCUUUGGCAGGUGAUGCGAGGGCCCUGCACCAUCGAGGAGGAGUGCAUUCUGAGCCCGAACUAUCCGGGCAACUAUUCGGACAACGAGCGUUGCACCAUCCUGGUGAAUAGCACACUGGCGAAGCCCCUGAAGACGAUCCACUGGGAUGUGGAGUACUGGUUCGACUACCUCCACAUCAGCGGCACUUUCUACAGUGGACGGAACGAUCCUCAAGGCGUCGUCCCAGCUGGCUCGAUCCAGUGGAGUGCGGACGAGGAUACCCAUGGCACUGGCUGGAAGCUCUGCGCGAGCGAUGAGGCCCUGACGACCACAACGGCCGGUGUGGCCGAAAUCACCGAGGCGGCCACCACCUCCGAGCCUAGCACGAGCUCUUCAACUUCGCCGGAGCCCUCGGUGCCCGCA